AUUUCGCAAACAAAUCUACAAUGCAUCGAUUAGCAUCAUUGAUAAUAUUUAAAAAUUGUUUCUUUUUAAGAUACAGAAAAUACAAAAAAGAUUUUUUUAAUGAAAAUAGUUUCAAUAAAGAUAACCAGCAGUGGUAAUCUGGUUACGAUUAUCCGGAUAAUUGAAGCAAGCAUUAAAAGCAAGAGUUUGAGGUUUGAACCAUAUGGGAACACUUGUUCAGUUUUGCAUUUUAUUUAAAGGAUGACUUUUUUGAGUUUAGAAAACGUGUUUUAAAUAAUUGAUUUUGGAGUUCGAAUUAAAAUUUUCUGGGAUAAAAAAUUAUUAUAAAAAAAAUGUACUCUUACAUUAUUGUGUUUGGUAUUUUUUUAAUAGUAUCAGAUGUGAACCUUGCACCAAUUUGUCAGGAAUCAAAAAAAGCCGAAGAAAUCAGAAGAUCUCUUAAUGAGUUAAAAGAAUAUUUUUUCGAAAAACCUCGUCACAAAAACGAGGUAGAAAACACUAUUCAACCACGUCCUAUUUACCAAGGCCGCGACGAAGUAAAAAUUAACCCAAAAGAUGAUUUUAAGAUAAUAAACAAGAAAAUAAUGGUUACAGAUUUGUAUAAAAGUAUUUUUGCCGCAUUAUUAAAUGAUCUACUGAAGUCUGAUGUCAAUUACUACGACCAAUCAAGUGGUUUAGAACAAACUAAAAGUAACGUAGAGAAUUUCAUAGAGGAUGAUAACAAAUACUUCGACGUAAACAUGGAUAUGAUUAAUGAAGAAUUUGUUCGUAAGUUAUUUGAGUAUGAUAUUGGAGAAUAUUUAAAACAUAAAAAUGAUUCUUGAAAGGUAAAUUCAUUUCGAUCGAUUGAAAUUCAGUUCGAGUUAAAAAAAGAAUUGAUAUUUAGAAAGGUUAAUUAUGGAAAUCAUAAAGAGUUAUUAGCGAAAAGAAAAAGAGUUUAACGAAUAAGUUUAAAAAACUGAUAUAGUCUAAAAAAUUCAAGAUUCACUUAUUUUAAAGAAAAAAAAUAUUUAUAUAACAGUAUUAAAUAAAGUUUUUAAACAUUAUUAAUAAACUUUUCGAUUAUAAUUCUUAUUGUGUAAUAUUAGUGUAGUAUUAUUUAGUUUUUUUUUUUGACCUUUCAUUUAGUUAAUUUUUUUUUUUUCGUUCGAACAAUUAUUUAUUUUAUUAUUCAUUAAGUUUUAAAAAUUAGUUUUUUAUUCAUCUAAAUGUGAACUUGGCACUAAUUUGUCAAGUCAUUUUAAAUGUAG